AAGAAAAUAAUACUGUAGUUUAUUGUCAUCACCAAAAGUUUUUGAAUAUUUGUUAUUAUUUUCCCGAAGACAUUUUUGUAUCCGGCACCGUCGAAUUAAACCUCCGGAAAGCUUUGUAGAGAGAUGUCGAUGGGAAGCGAUACGACGUGGGUUGGGAAGAAACCGAUCAGGCGCAUCGGCGGAUUGUCUGAUGCUCUCUCCAUCGCCUCCGAUCUCGGUUUCGCCGUUGCUCCUCCUCCGUCGCAGGAAGAAUUACAAAGUUUGGCGUCUUCUAAUGGCGAAAGAGGUGACGAUUUGAUUAGGGUCUUGAGAGAGUUAUCUGCUGUUCAAAGGAAAAUUGCAGAUUUGCAGGUCGAGCUUCAAGGGAGGAAGGAUGAUAAAAAUGUGGCACAUUUGACUCAUGUGAGUGAAAUGCAAAAGAAAAUCGAGACCCUGUCAAGGAUUACUCAAAUAUUGAAAGAUGUUAUACAAAACAAGGAUCGCAUCAUUGCUCGUCUCCAACAACCUUAUUCCCUAGAUUGCAUUCCAGUUGAAGCAGAAUAUCAGAAACAAUUUUCAGAGUUGCUAAUGAAAGCUGCUAGUGACUAUGGCGCCUUAACAGCAUCAGUGUCUGAUUUUCAGUGGAGCCAAAACUUUAAAGAACCUCCUUCGGAAAUGCUGCGUCCAAUACCCGUGGCACUAGCGUCAUGCACGAGAUUCUUUGAGGCCAUGUCUGCGAUGAGAGAAUCAUUUGCGACUCUUCAAGACCUUCGAGUUGGCAACUCUGCAGUUUCGUUACCAACAACACCAGGAGGUAACGAAAUGACACAUAGAGACUCUGAUUGUGUGACUCCACCUCAAGGGAGAAUAGAGUCAAGCUUCGACGACUGAGCUGUUCAGACCAAACGGAGACAAAACAAUGAUCAAAAUGAAGCAGAAGAAGAAGAACAAGAAGAUGGAAAUAACAAUGCGAACCGGAGACUAUCGUGGCCUCCUUCUGUAAAAAAGAGUAGCGUUUAAACAGUUGCUUCUGUCUUUGCUUUGAGGUUUUUAAUAUCGAUUGUGUUUUGUUUUUAUCAGCAUUAGUGUCCUUUAUGGAUUUGAAUCUAUUUGAAAAUCUUUGAGUGAAACUUAACAGUGUAUAUUUUGUUAACCUUGGUUUUCAUGGGCCACAUGGCUAUCAUAUAAAUUAGAAUUUUCAUA